AUGUAUUCCCCUAAAACUACACAUAACAAAAAACACGAACCACACCCAAAAUGCACCAACAAGAGGCUAACCAAGGAACAAGUUCGGCUCUUAGAGGCCAGUUUCAAGCUAGAUCGAAAACUCGACAUGGACCGGAAGUUCCACUUGGCUCAAGAAUUAGGCAUUCCGACUCGACAAGUGGCUAUAUGGUACCAGAACAAGCGGGCUAGGUGGAAGAGCCAAAGCCUAGAAAUGGGCUAUAAGACCCUUCAACAAAGACUUGAGAGUGCCUUGGUUGAGAAUAAAAGGCUUGAGAAGGAAGUCCAACGGCUUAGCAAUGAGUUAGAAAAUAUGAACCAAAUGUUGGUGGCUUCAACUUCAACUGCAUCACCAAAUUCAUAUGUUUGUAAUGAGGAAGAUGCGUCAGGUUUGAUGAUUGGUGAUCAGCCUAAUAGUUUCUUUCCAAGAGAUCUUUAUGCUUGUUUAAUUUGA